AUGGGACCACCUGAAAGUCCAUCCACAGGCUGGACGCACAAGGAAACGGAGAUGAGGAUUGGUCCCCAGACGGUUGAGAAGAACAGGGGUUGGAGGCCAGGAGAUGGGAGCAUGACCCCUUCCCCUCUGCCCCCAGCCCUGUCUUUCCUCUUCCUCCUGCCACUGGCCAGCGCCCUACAGCCCACUCCACUGCCUUUCCCAGAGCUGAGGCUGGUAGGGGGCCCAAGCCGCUGCCGAGGGCGCCUGGAGGUCCUGCAUGGAGGCUCCUGGGGCAGCGUGUGCGAUGACGACUGGGACGUGGUGGACGCCAAUGUGGUGUGUCGCCAACUGGGCUGUGGCCUGGCUUUGCCUGUGCCCCGGCCCCUAGCCUUUGGUCAGGGCCGGGGCCCCAUUCUGCUGGACAACGUGGAAUGCCGUGGGCAGGAAGCCGCACUGAGCGAGUGUGGCAGCCGGGGCUGGGGCGUCCAUAACUGCUUUCACUACGAGGAUGUGGCGGUCCUGUGUGAUGAAUUCUUGCCCACACAGCCCCUGACAAGGAAGAUGUUAACCAGCAGGGUUGCACCCACGGCUGCUCAGAAUGGAAAAGGUGAGGGCAGUGUGCGCCUGGUGGGUGGCACUGGUCCUUGUCAAGGCCGAGUGGAGAUCCUGCAUGGUGGCAUAUGGGGGACAGUGUGUGAUGAUGACUGGGGACUUCCCGAUGCUGCCGUGGUCUGCCGCCAGCUGGGCUGUGGGGCGGCCUUGGCUGCCACUACCAAUGCUUUCUUUGGCUAUGGCACGGGGCACAUCCUGCUAGACAACGUGCACUGUGAAGGAGGCGAACCCCACCUGGCCGCCUGCCUGAGCCUCGGCUGGGGGGUGCACAACUGUGGCCAUCAUGAGGAUGCUGGUGCAUUCUGCGCAGUGCUGAGUGCCUCCACUCUCACAGCACUGCCGCCCUCAGCCACAAGAGAGGACUGGGCUUGGCACACAGAGCCUUGGGCUACUGGAGCUGGUGCUCAGCCCUCCAGGGAGACCGAACUGCUCACCACAAGUGCCUGGGCCCUGGGGAAGAAAAGCGGGCGGCUGCGGCUGGUGGGCGGCCCGGGCCCGUGCCGCGGCCGCGUGGAGGUGCUGCACGCCGGGGGCUGGGGCACUGUGUGCGACGAUGACUGGGACUUCGCUGAUGCACGCGUGGCCUGUCGUGAGGCGGGCUGCGGGCCUGCGCUGGGUGCCACUGGCCUUGGCCACUUCGGCUACGGGCGCGGCCCGGUGCUGCUGGACAAUGUGGGCUGCACCGGCACCGAGGCCCGCCUAAGCGACUGCUUCCACCUGGGCUGGGGCCAGCACAACUGCGGCCACCACGAGGACGCCGGCGCGCUCUGUGCAGGCCCAGAGGAGCUGGGACUGCAGGGCCAGGAGGAUGGUUCGGAGACCACCCAGGUGCCUACUCCCCGCCCCAGAGACGGGCAUCUCCGUUUGGCCAGCGGAGCCCACCGCUGUGAGGGGCGUGUGGAACUCUUCCUUGGCCAGCGGUGGGGCACUAUCUGCGAUGAUGCCUGGGACCUUCGGGCAGCUGGUGUCCUGUGCCGCCAGCUGGGCUGUGGCCAAGCCCUGGCGGCCCCUGGUGAGGCCCACUUUGGCCCAGGCCGAGGGCCCAUUCUUCUGGACAAUGUUAAGUGCCGUGGGGAUGAGAGCGUCCUGCUGCUGUGCUCUCACAUCCGCUGGGAUGCCCACAACUGUGACCACAGCGAAGAUGCCAGCGUCCAAUGCCGACUUUCAUGA